CAAGCGGUACCAUGUGACACGCGUAGUGGGCCAUAGCACUAGAGAGUGGAGGUCCCAAUUUUCACGUUGGCCAUGUCUAGCAGGUUCUCGGAACGAUCCAAUCUCAUAGAUGUGACUUUCACACAACUUCAUUCAGUAUUAAGUGGUCAGGUCGAAGGAACGAACUACGAGCAAAUUGGUCGCUAUUUAACCCUACGAAUAUCACAGCUGAAGGCCAUCGUUGAUCCUUUUGGAAGGCCUACCCCCGCCUCGCGUAAAAAGAUCAAUAGUGGCACGGUAACCCUCCACGAUGGUGUGGUCCUACGUGUUGAAGACGCCGACAAGGACUUUGUUCUUGCCAUCAGCGAUGCUUUCCAAAUUGAUGAAAUCUUUUCCUUGAUUCUCUUACGCUCUUUCUUAUACAACGAAGGUCUUCCCAUCGAUGUUGCCGACAACAGCUCUUUGAUUCAGGAGUUCAUCGAAGCCAUCACUCCAUUCUACUUCCUUGAACGCCUGUCUCUCCUUCGUGUUCUCGUUCCGCUUUUUCGUGCCAAAGAAAACGCGUCAGAACCACUCCACGAAGUUGCACUUUCGAUACUACCCACAAUACUCCCGGAUGGCCAGAAAUUCGCACUCUCUCUUCUCGUCGAAUACGAGCGUAAAGCACGGGAAAGCCUUCCGGAAAAUGUAGACCGCGAUCCUAAAAAAGCUUCCCGAUGGGCGAAGCAGAAUAUCAAAGAGCAGUUGGUGAUCUUGGAGGUGCUGUUCUGGACAUUAUGGGGCUCAGUCGCAUGUGACGGCACAACGGUAGAACGGGUGUUGGCAACUGCAUACAAUCUCAAACUAGGCAUGGAGCAGGAGAAUGCCAUUUUCUUGCUAGACGACGAAGGGGCGCAACUCCAACGGGAUAAAGCGACAUUAUGGAUCGUCCUGACCAUCGAAGUCCUAGAACUUGAAACCGUUGCCGACUCUUCCUCGAUUGAGAUUUCCGAUAAUCCACAACGUCGAGAUUUUUAUAUUGCGUCUCCGGACUCCAUGAAGCGUAUCCACGAAUUAAUUUACGCCGGAGGUACAGGUCAAUUUGCCUGCACAUACAUGGCUUGGACAUUCGUCUUGUCCUCCGUCUGCGCGAAAGCAAUGGAAAUGAAAGAAAUUCCCGUCUCUUAUCGUGGCUUCUUUGAACUGGUGCUUCCUCAAUUCAACAGAACAUACUCGAAGGAUCGCGAGGCCGUCCAUGUUCUGAUGUCUCGCACCUGCUUAGAGCCAAAAUCGGGCCUGCUUAGUUUAAUGGAAACUUUGUUGACGAAUUCUCCGUUGUUCGUGACUUCGGUUGCUUGGAAAACGGGUUCUACAGUCACUGAUCCUAAUGCAAUUGCAUUUCGCUCAGUGUUCAAAGGUCUUGUAAUAUCACUUGUGGAGCUCGUUCCUGUUGAGAUUAUCCCUGAAUUUGAUCUCUUUGUCGAGGUAUGGGUCGCCCUUUUUGGACGCAGCGAAGCCCAGUCUGUUGCAGGAAUUUGCAGCCAAUAUUGGCAAGUAGACUGGAAAGCAGGCCUUGCGCGCCGAGCUAUCUUCGAUGUUUGUAGGACGAGAUUCCCUAUACAAUGUAGACCGCUCAUACGCCUCUUGCGUUCUAUGACAGCCGCUGGUUUCCUGGACACCGACUCCUUGUCGACUGCGGAUCAUUCUUCAGAUGCUGAUGGUCUUACCGAAGACCGCGAACUUUGCGCUCGACAUGUUUUCUACUUCCUGGAUAAACUACCUACGUACUCCCAGGUAAUCCCUGCGAGUGGUCAGACCGGCGUCCAUGCCUUGUACGAAAGACAAAUAGAGGCAGGCUCCACGGUUGGUAUGGCAUACGCAAAUGUUCGGCCAAUCAUUCUUCCUGGCGGUAGCAUUUUGCCUGUGGGAUCUAAAGGGCGCCUUCUCAAUGGCGAUGGCGGCGACCUCUUAGUGGUCAUCUGGCACCACGAGCAUUCUGGAUGGAAAUUACUUCUAGAAGUGCUGAUGGCGUAUGCGUUCAAAUUGCGUUCCGGCCCCAGUAGCGGCUUUAAAUCCAACUCAUUUGGGCAAAUGGGACAUGGGUCGGCAAUCACGCUCUCAUUGAAGGAUAUCGGCUUAGAGAUAGAUGGUGCGACCGACGAGACGCUGAUAACCGAUAUACUAGAUCUUGUCCGCAGCGUCAUCCAUAACAAUCCAGCUCAGGGCGAGCAACUUAUGCAAUCCUUGGAGGCGGAAUUUUCCCCCAUGUCUACCCCGUCUACUCCAGAUCUAGUUCAGCUCACUGUUAGUAUACUGGAAGAAGCGCUGGCACGUUACAAUGCUCAUCCGAUGGCAUCUCCUCCAUCUCAACUCAUCACCUCUGCCAUAAGCGUAUUAUCUGCUAUCCUGGCUAUUCCCAAUUAUGCCAUUCGAGUUUGGAUCUACAUUCGAUCUACUACCGCGUUGUUUGGAUCUGAAAAGAACCCAGGAUUUUCCUCUGCUGCCCUUUCCACUGAGCGAGUGACUGGACGUUACACUAUGACUCUAGCCAUUCUGAAACUCGUUGAACAGCUUUGUGAAGAGGCUUCUCUCCUUCUUGUGCCCGACGAUUUGCAGGUUCGGAAGCUUAAAGACGAGGUCUUAAUGCGUGCAGCCAGAUUCGUUCAUACAGAGGUAUGGCUUGAGCAUUUGGGUUGGAAAUAUGCACAGCUUGGUGACCGCUACGAAAUAGGCAGACGGAUAUCCUCUUUUUAUUUGAAAGUCUUGCAGUAUACACCUCCCAUUGCUGAAGAUGCACCAUUUCCAAAAUUGAGUCAGGCCAUCCUCGAUCUCUUGUUGUACAAGGCCUCAGUAUUGGCCAUCAAUCCUUUGAUGUCUGCAGUCUCUGCGGGUACCCAGAUGCUUCAAGCUCUAUAUCUUUCGAGACGCUUUGGCGAUGCUAGGCGUCUUAUAUAUCUCCUCGAAUCCCAUCUACAACUCAUUCGGCUAGUACUCCAGCGCAAAUGUGCUUCUGAAGUGGCUCACCAGACUUGCCUUCUAGAACAAGCUUUGUGCGCUCAAAUCACUGGUGGUGCAGCCUCUCAUGAUCCUUAUCGUUCAAAGGUCAAUCCUAUUGAUGCAUUGACAUUCUAUGUCAAGGAACGAGACGCAGGACCAAUCGUUCCUCUUGAAGCUAUCAAGAUUCUUUCCAUCAUAUGUUCUUCACUUUCAAUGUCGCGAUCCAACUCGUCUACUCUGGUCGGUCACCUAUCGGAUCCUGAAGGUAUGGUGGCCUCAUUUGUGCGCGUCGUUCAGCAUCCGUAUGAUGAUCUCUCGCUGCGCUACUCCACAUGGAACUUCAUAACCGUCGCCAUGGAUACAGAGCCAGCACUAGCCAGUCUUUUUGUUUCUGGACAAUUCCGCUCUCUGGGGGUAGCCGCAGAGCGAGAUGUAAAAGGAAAAGGAACCGGCCCUCUUGAAAUAACAUCUGCUCUUCCAAAAAUCCCUAAUGCAGUUGAUGUUGCUCGAGAUGCGCUUGCGAACUGGGAGCAACUGUGGGAGUCCAACCCACAACUGCUGGCCUGUGUCUUACGCUUUCUGGUAGUGGUAUGGCGCCAUGGCCUUGAACACAAACCUUUACUCGAGGAUCUGCGCCUAGACCCUAAAGUUUGGGACCAUAUCACUAUGCUGGCUUGCUCGGAGCUGGGACCCAUUCCUGACUUUGAGACGGAAGACUACGUUUUCGUGGAUGGAAAGCGAAGAUCGAAUGUGCACGACGCCGUCGCUGAACAUUGCUACCGAACAGAUGUUAAAUCUUGUGCGCUUCACGUCAUUGGGCUGGACAUUGGAAUUCACCAUCAGACGCGCAGAUCUGCCAAUGCAAAGCCAGUCAGUUUUCAGAAGAUAGAGUCCAAAUUCCGGUCCUUGGAGGAACUGACCGAUUUGAUAUCUGAGGCGACCCCUAGCUCUUAUGUCCCCGCCCUGUACGAUGCUUUUUCUGAGACGCUGAAAUCUUCAUUCCCCACUCUAUCAAUUUCUCAACUCGAAACAAAGAUCGCCAUCGAAGAGCGUGAGUUUGGAGACGAAUUUUCCUUUUCAGUUUCCCUUCUGCGGAGUCGAUUACGAGGGCAUCGCACAGACAAUAUGUCGCUUCAAAAGAUGGAUGUUGCGGAAAAGCAGCUUUUAUCAAUUAAUUUAAACCUUUCUUUAACACACACACAAAUAGCUCUCGUCGAUGCUUGGCGUUUCAUUUUGCAUCAAAUCACCCCCUUAUCGGCUGAUGUCGUUCAGCGUUCGAUCCUACUCACUAUAGCCGCAUCUGUUUCUUUCGACAUCAACAAGGAGAAUCGACUAGGAGACAUGGUGGCCAUCGUUCAUGGAACCCGGAUAGCCUUUUUGGUGUCGAUACUGGAAUUGGCGUGGUUCAACAGUUCAGAAAACGCCUCUGAAGUUCAGCCGUUUAUCGAGUUACUAGAAAAUGUUCGAGGCAUCGUUCUCAACGAGUACCAAUCACCCAUGAAAUCAAUACAAGGUAUUUUCAGUAUGCCUUUCCAUCGACCUCUUCUUCAACUUUUGUACUUCUGCGUGAAGAAUGCUCGAUCGUUGACUAGACGACCAAAAGCUCUGAGCGCUGAACAAAGGCUUAAAGUAUUAUCAAUUGUCGAAGCGGCUGUCAAGUUCGUAAUCGAUGCUUUACGCCUGACCUUCAUGGCUGCUCGUACGAAAGUUGGUAUAGAUCUGGAUAAGGAUAUGGAGCUGCUCAUUGCUGUUUUCGAGCAAUGUACAAGAUUAGACGUCAAUCCCUCGUCAACAGUUUGGCUAACACAGUGUCAAGAGGCGGACAUUGUGAAAGCAAGCAUCGAGUUAUAUGCACAUAUCGACCUCGUUGGCGUGUCAGACCCGACCUUCCUACUUUCAACCAGAAGGCCGUUAUAUACCCCUCAUCUGCUCACCUUCCAUAUGGCCCUUGCCAGCAUACCGUCUGCAGCUGAACGAUUAGCCAGUGAAGGUUUAUUGUCGGCAUACUGCAAUAACUCAAUUAGCAAGGCCGCUAGUACAGGACUUAUAGAUGAGGUUCUACCUGAGCUACCUGGACAUCGUAGUCCUGCUCACCAUGUAUAUUGCUGUAUGCUCUCCAUCGUCUCCGCCAUUAUUGUCGCUUUGGGCCGAAACAACCAUUAUUUCGACGCUGAGGCAUGCGGUCUUGUACAGCUUUACGGUGACCAGAUCGCCCGAGCCCUUUCUUGGACUGUAGGCGAAUCAAUCACAUUUGCUUUGUUAGAAGAGAUGGAUCAGGUUGUCAAUGUCUUCAGUGCCCUGGCGCGGAACGCACCAUCAACCCUCAAUGCGAAGUCGAUAAUCGAAGACGUCCUUCAUGUGUUCUCUCCCCUUGCACUUCGUCUUCUUCAACAAGUAAACUACGCAGUCGCACACCCUCAUCAUCUCACCAGCCUUUUUGAACCUGUGACAGAAGAGGAACGAACACUUCUAGAGAAGGAUGCUUUCGUUUCUGAUGUUUGGAAACGACCCCUAAUCGUCCACCUCAUGCACCGUCUAUUUCAACUAUCGAGCAACAUCAUUUUCACCCUCACGUGCAUCAGUAAGGCCGACACAGUUCUUAUUGCAGAAGAAAGUGAUUGGCCACUUCACGAAGCAUUGGUAGUUCCUCAUUCAAAAAUCGUGGUGGGAGAAUCGGCAUCCAUUGGAACGUUACUUGAGCUGGCAAAUGGCACGCUAGACAUGCUUAGGAACCUCACGAACAUGCCCUCUGGUCAAAGCCUCGUUCGAGCAGACGUCGCGUCAGAAAAACUCAAGGAAUUGAAUGUUCAACGAGGUGUUAACAUUGCGCGCCGUAAUCUCGAAGAGAUCUUAUUAUAUAUGAUCACUCAACUCGCGAUGUGGUUGUCAAAGCCUGAGUUUGAAGCUCCCCCAGCUGACCUCGACGGCGAAGAUCAAACCAUGGCAGAUUCUCAGAAACCAGAGACAAGGGAACGUCGGGGUCCGAGAAUGUCAUUGGGUACUCGAUUUCGCAGAGGGAUGACUGGUGAGAUGGCAAUGGAUGUCCAAACACUGUUAACCAAGGCAAAACCAAUCAUAGCAAAGACCGAUACAAUAUUGGGGGAAGGACAAGUCAAUAUCUGUGAAAUUCUUUCCACUUUUCUUCAAAACCAUAUCGUUCUUGCUCUCCAAUAAUAAGUUAUGAUCUUUUUGUAUUCUAUAGUUAUCGUGUAGUACUUUUGAUUCCCCAUACGUAUUCAGAACGGGUCUUUUGUAAAUCAAAACACGUGGGAAGAACUUUCAAUGUC